CGGUUUUAAUCGUCGAAUCGACACCAAAAAUGGAGCUCAGCCAGAUGUACAAGAAGAAAAAGAACCGGUGGUCGAUGUCGAAGAUCGAGCUGCUGAUAGAUCUGUGGGCCGAGCACUACAGAGAGCUGAAAUCGUGCCGCCGGAACGACCACAUCUUCGUCAAGAUGAAGCACAAGCUGGAGAAGAGCGGCUGCAAGGUGACGGUCGAAGAUAUCCGUAUCCGGAUCAAUAAUCUGUCGGCCAAGUACAGGAAAGAAUCGAUGGCAACUCUAGCAGGUGGCUCGCCGUCCAAGUGGCCACUGUUCGCCAAGAUUCACAAUAUUCUGAGCAACGACACAACGUUGGACGAAGCAACGGAAACGCAAGAGGAAAGCAUGGAAGCUACGUAUCCUGCGGCAGAACCAGCGGAGGGCCGUUCGAAGGUUUACCAGCUGAAGUGCAACUAUCGGCAAGAAAAUAUUGACAACUUUUUCACCGAGCUGUACUUCAAUCCUCGGUAUGCGGACGUAACCUUGGUUACCUGCCACGAAGGAGAGACGUUCGCUAUCCCAGCACACAAAAUGGUUCUUGGAAACUUCAGUAUGUACUUUGCAAACAUUUUUGAAAAGCUUAAUGUACCGCAAAACUCCAAUACCUACAUCGUACUGCCGGCGAACGUGUCUCAUCAGACGAUGCAAAUACUAAUGCAGUACAUGUACACGGGGCAGUCGUCUGUGCCGGAAUACAACGUGGACGAAGUGUUACGCUGCGGUGAGCUGUUGAAGAUACGGGGUUUCUGGAGCGAAAACAAAGCAUCCGUUUCGUCGUCGGUCGGCCACCACAAGCGGCGGACGAAUGGGGCCGAUGGACGAAAGAUGCACCGCAAGCUGGGCGGCGGUGGCAGCUCGUCGCAGGACACCGACCAAAGCCGGCUGGCACGGCAAACGUCGAUGCAAACCGAUCAGCAUUCGGAGGUCGCAUCCGAUUCCGGAACUUCGGCGCUGGACACGCUGGACGAACAGAAGCGGCUUGCAAUAGCGGCGAUCCAACGUGAUUUGCAUGCGAGCUCGAUGCGCGCGAUGGCCCACGGUGCGGCGGCACUGUUCAGCAGCGUUUCGGACGUGAAGCAGGAACCGAAUGAAUGGGAUGACCUGGAUGACGAUAAUGAUUCAGACGAGGACGUAAUGAUCUUGCCGGAUGAAGUGAAAGCGAAGGCCAGCGAGAGUGAGGGAAAGACAAACCAACCGAUGCAGGCCGCCGAGUUGGUCGAGCAGCUUGCGCAACUUCAGCAACAGCAGCAACUGCAACAGCAGCAAUUGCAACUGCAACAGCAACAGCAACAGCAACAACAGCAGCAGCAGCAGCAUCAACAACAACAACAGCAGCAGCAGCAUCAACAGCAACAGUUGCCCGACGAUCCGAAGUCCCACCAGCAGCAGCCAACGUCUCACACAUCGCAGCAACCGACGCCACAGUCGUCGCUGCACUGUGAGUUGUGCAGCGCCUGCUUCACUAAUCCCGACGAUCUACUGCAGCACAUUAUCAGCUUACACGGCGAUGCGGCCGAGGUGCUACGCAAGCGAAGCAGGAUGACAGACGAGGAAAAUCCACCAAAUUCGAUGCGAUGCGAUUUUUGCAACAAAUACUUCUUCUCGGCCGCCGAUUGGGCGCAGCACGUGUUGCACACGCACACCGAACGUACGGCUGAAUUUCAGCAACAAAUGGCCCAAUUUUCGGCCGAAGAACUUCUGCCCAACAUGAGCAAAAUACGUUCCAUAGCAUCAUCGAACUCGAUCGAUUAAUGUACGAUGUGCGAUGUGCUUAGAAGCACGCUACCCACGACUCAGUUUUCCGAUUGCAUACUCCCUUUUUUACUUUUGUUUUACCCAACUGGCUAUGAAUGAUGCCGCUUCUAUAUUAGUAGCAAAACAGCAGAUCACGCAACAGUUACGAGUAGAUAAUUAUAUAAACGUAAGCCUUAGUGUAACAGUGUGUAGGACCUAAUAGUAAAGGCGGAAAAGAGUAGAACCCACGCUGCACCCCUGUCAAAAACUUCAUUUUAUUUGUUUCACGAUA